UCCUCAAACUUUUGAAGUUCCGUUCUUCGCGCUGCAGUGGUAUAGUUGUAAUAGCGACAUGGAAGUGGGCAGACUAACGUUACAGAUUAAUUUUAAGUUGUUUCGACCACUAAUAUACCUGGAUAUAAUUUCAAACCAGAGAACUGUUCAUGAGGCACUUUCAAAGUAGUUUUCAUGUAUAAGAAUGGACAUAUUAGACUGAAAUCUCAUUGAGGAGUAAUCGAAAAGUUCUCCAAUUCUUCGGGAGACGGACGGCAUGGAGGGAGCUUGGCUGCGGGGCCCAGCCCCUGCAUUAACCGGUGGACAUAGCUCGGAAGUUUGCAAAGCUCGGUGUACUAAUAAGUGCAAUGCCGAUUCCACAACUCAAACUCAGGAUUCGCAUUUAAGGACACAAAAACACGGCGUUUAUUGUAGUUGUUUACCCAGGCGAGUAAAUAGAAUUUCAAAGCUCCAACACAUGUACAUAUGCCUAUGGAUAGGUAUUUUCAGUCUUCUUUGCUGUGUUCAAUUGGGUGCAGCCCAGAAUGACACAAACAUGACAACAAUAGAACUGACCACCACCAUCGUGACUACCGAAUUGUCUGAAGUCACAACCGACCUAAUAACCACACUGACCACAGAGGAGAGUCAAAGUGACGAUCUUUGGGUCUAUGUUGUAAUAGCAGCUGGUAUAGUGCUCCUAAUAGCAAUCAUAAUUAUCAUCAUAAUAUGCAUCAGGAAGAAAUGUAGCUGCAGAAAGAAAUGUUGCUACUGCUGCAGAGCUUCCCCACCAUCACCAGUCGAUAAGGAUUUCACCAAACCAGAUAAUAAUGGUCGACAUGUGAAUCAAGGAUUCGAUGGAGGAAACCCCAAUGAUUUUCAGGGUGACACGCAAAUUGAAAUGGAACCUCAACAGACUGGCAUAGAUGACCCUAUAUAUGUAAACACCACAAUCCCGGCAUCCGAGGCCCAAGGGAAUCCUGGUUACUCGCCACCGGAGUCACCCCUUGAUGAUAUGCCCAAUCUUCCUCCGCCGUCUCCGCCUCGAGGAGCAGCGAGCUUCCCCACGGACACCCAUCAUCCAACCAGAGGCAUCCCAUCUCCUUUCAUGGCCUUUCCAACCUCCCCUGUAGAUGAAUUCCCUGAUAGAUCUCCUCCAGCAAUACCUAACCAAGGGUCAACAAACAUCAAGGCAGAACUUAAUGAUAAGUUAAAGGGCCUUCCUCUUCCUGAUGAUAAACCAAAAAAGAAGGAUAAAAAGAAGAAGAGGAAAGAGGAAAGCAAGCCCAAAGCACCAGAGCGUUUUAUCGAUCCAAACGAACAGAUAAGGGAGGAUGUUCCUCUGCCGACCACUUCCAAGUUUGAUCACUCCCAUCGAGGGCCCACUAGUCCACCUAAAUUCGAUUUCAAUCCACAUCUUCCAGCGCAGAAAGAUGGGGGUGAUUUUGGAGAGAAUUAUGAAGAGAUGUCGCCCGUACCCAGUAGCCCUGUCAGACGAAUGUCCCCCAGGCAGCCAACAGAUGUGGACUUUGAUGACGAAUAUGAAGUAAUGGAUCCAAAUGCACUCCCUCAAAAGCACAAUAUUCAUACGCCUUCUCAUUUUACGGGGAAACGCAGCGGACCUGGUGUCAUUCGGCCUCCAAUAAUUUCACCCCCUGUGCCAUCAGGAGAUUAUGGUGAUGAUUACGAAGAAAUGUCCCCAAGCGAAAGACCAAGGCAUCCAAUACCAGGUGGAAAUAUUGAACAUCGUCCACAGAUACCAAUCCCUUCUCACGAGGGGGAUGAUGAUUUUGGUGGGGAUUAUGAGGAUGUCGACAAGCCCUUUGUCUUGCCGAAGAAGAAACCUGCAAAGGCCAAACCUAAAACUCAAAAGAAACCUUUGAAGCUUCCGGUGGUAGAGGAUUUUGGACAGGACUACAGUAACACAGGCCCUGGUGCCAUCUCUUCUAAUACCGCAAUGGAACGACGCCCACCAUCUCUUCCCUCUUCAAAUUUCCCGAAAAGUCCCUUAUCGCUACCACAAGAAGAGCUGCCACCUCCCCCUCCUGAACUUGUUCAGCAGCCCUCUUCACCAUCUCACCAAUUUGAUUAUGGGGGACAGUAUGACGAUGUUGAAUUGAAACCAACUAUUAAGAAAAAGCCGCCAGUGUUAAAACCCAAAGUAGCCAUCAAACCCAGUAGUGGCAGUGCGACACUUCCGGUUAAUCCCAAGCAGCUGAUAUCACCGAUGGAAGCACGGUCGUCUGCCACUCUUCCUCCUGUAUCUGGGAUCAGUGAACAGGGGGAAGAGGCAGAAGAAGAUGCAGUUUACAUGAAUUACUCACCAGACCAAAAGCAGAGACCCACAAAGAAUUACUACAACCUUCCUGUUCCAGCAAAGAAACCCCAGGAGAUGAUCAGUAGCAGUGGGUAUACAUACUUCAGUGAACUUCCAAAGUGAUGUAGCAAUUGAUGUGAGCAUUGAUCGGGGAAACCCCAGCAGAUCUUCAACUGGAGUUUGCUGUACCUAGGGAUCUCUCUGCUGUACCUUGGUAAACUCCCAGAGUGAUUGCUCUGGAAUGACCUGGGUGUUGACACAGACACCAGCUGAUGUUCCCAGAGGACUAGACCCUAAGGUGUUAAAAUUACACACAUUUAGAUUUUGAAUAGCAAAUAUGCUGUAUAACACCCGAUCAGUAGUGGUGAACUAACACCAAACUUAAAGUUUGGAGUAAAAUGACUCGUAUGGUCAGCUACGUGCACUGCUCAACACCACAGUUUUUGCUUCGUUGCAUUGAACUUUAAUCAUGGCUGUGCUAUUCAUGAGUCAAGAAUUCCAUCAUAUAAAUGCGUUUAAAGGUUAAGUUGUUCUAAUGCUUUCCCAGAAGUCACUUGAUUUGAUAACAAUUGUUUUUUUUUUAGCUUACAUGGGUGCUUCUCAAACCUGUUUACAUGAAUUGUUUACAGGUAUAU